AUGGACAGACCAUUCCAAUGCAAACAUACGCUAAGGGACAACACAAGGUGCACAAUCAACUUUAGAAACAAGCAGAAUCGAUCAAAGCAUCACAAUGCACCGCACGAAUGCAUCGAGAACUGCCAGCAGUGCAUUUCCAAGCGCAUCAGGACGACAAUCCAGACGAUCGACUACCGCAAGGACAACGACAAGUACAUCAACUGCAUCCACGUCCACUGCGACACCAACUCCAACUACAUCCACAAGAAUCAGAAGGCCCGACACAUCCACAGUCGAAAGCUGCACUCUUGUCUGCGCGAGCGAGACGCAGGCGUCGACGUGGACUGCGUCGGCUGUCGCGAGGUCUACAAAGUGAACCAAACAAGAGAGACCAAGAUAGAAGCACCGCACACCACGCACACUCCCAAGGGUAGCUUGAGCAACAGUAGCAGUGGCAGCAGCAUUGGUAGCAGUAGUGGAAGCAUCAAUGGAAGCAUCAAUGGAAGCAGCAUCAAUAAUGGAAAUAUUGGCACGAUCUGCGCCAACAACAACAACAAUGGACCUCUUGUCAGAGCUGGCAUGUCUGGAGUCCUGCCCACCAAGCUACUGCCAGCCAGCAGUCAGAUGCAGGCGCAUCGCCCUCCCAUUUAUACGGCCAUGAUGCAUCAGAAGAUUGAUCUGCCACCCAUCGCAGACAUGGUCCCCAACAACAUCUUGGACAACUUUGAUUCGAUCAGGGAGAUGAUCAAGUCCAAGGACUCAUCCAUCAGUUCACUUCGAUCAAGUCUGGAACGAUCUGGUUUCGUCAAUGAUGCCAUGGUCAACUUUAGUCCAAUAGAUAGUAGUAGUAAUAGUGGCAGCAGUAGUAGUAGUAGCAGCAGUAGCAGUAGUAAUGGUGGUAGCAAUAGUAAUAGUAGUGGCAGCAGCAGUAGUAGUAUUAGUAAUAAUGGCAAUAAUAGUGGUAGUGGUGGUAGCCAUAGUAGCAGUAGUAGCAGUGGCAGUAGCAGUAGUAGUGGUGGCAACAACAGUGAAGAGAGGCUAUCGAAUGCAAUUCUGAGAGAGUGGAGAACCAGCUAUUUGAGAAGGAAGAACAACUUCCAAUAUAGUGUACCUGGUUAUGACCAACAACAACAACGAAAGAGUGGAUUCGAUAUAUUGCAAGCGGCUAUUGAGUUGGAAGUCGAUUCACAACUGAUGCAUUCCAAUUUCUAG